CCCAUAACCGCCCCAAACACACGCAGAUGCGGCGCCUGAUCACGCGGGGGGAGUGGCAGUCGGAGCAGCAGGACACCAUGAAAACCGGAUCCUCCACCAACAACAACGAGGAGGAGAAAUCCCGGCUCCUGGAGAAGGAGAACCGGGAGCUGGAGAAGAUCAUCGCCGAGAAGGAAGAGCGAGUGUCGGAGCUCCGGCAGCAGCUCCAGGACCGGCAGCAGCUCCGCUCCCGCCGCCGCCGCCCCUCCAACCCCUCGCAGCGGGAGAACGGGGACAACAACCACUUCCCACCGGGAAUGGGGACACCCCCACCCCCUGCAGCCCCCUCGGGUGGUGGGGGAGGGACGGCGGGACCCCCGUUCUACCAGCCCAACCUGCCCCUCGUGCGCUGCCUCGUGUCGGAGCAGGCGGAGAAGCUGGGACGCGGGAAUUGCGACGGGAGCCGCGUCCACCUCCUCUACAAGUGACCACGCC